AUGAAAAAACAGGGUAAUAACCUGAACAACUUUAAUGAUAUAAAUAAUAAAAAUGAGGAAGCACAAUCCAAUUACAUAAAUGCCAAUGUAGAAAAUUCAAAGUAUUGGCAAUAUAACACAAUCUUGCUUUAUAAUGUAAUUAUGAUAUAUAACUGUGAAUGGCCGUCCCUCUUUGUUGAAUGGAUGCCAAACGUAUACAAACGAAGUCAGGAUUAUUACUCUCAAGACUUAAUACUAGGGACGUAUAGCACUGAGAAAAGUAACUACAUCCUCGUUUUAGAAGUGAGUUUACCAAGCGAAGAGCUAUCUCAAUCAAAUUUUUAUUACGACAAGAUAGGAGAUUUUAGACAUAAUUCAUCUAAUGAUACAACGAAUAAAUUUAAGAUAAAAAAAAAAAUAUAUCAUGAAUGUGAAAUAAAUAAAAUAAGUUGUAAUCCAGAAAAAAGCAAUAUUAUAGCUUGUUUUUCAUCCAAUGGAAAUAUAAACAUUUUAAAUUUAAAUGAUUAUGAAUAUGAUGAAACUGAACUAAAGAUUAGUAGCAUAGACAAUUUUGAUUAUACUUUAAAAGGUCAUUCAGGUGAAGGAUGGGGAUUACAAUGGGAUAAAGGAACAAAUAUGAUAGCCUCAUGUGCAGACGAUUCAUAUUUAUGUGUAUGGGAUAUAAAUUCCAAUAGUAUAUCAAAUGAUAAUGUUAGUGUAAAAUGUGAUACAACUACAAACUCAUCGGUAGUUAAUACCAAUAAUAAUUCUUCUAAAGGUAUUAUACAACCUGUUGUUAAAUUUUUUAAUAAUAAUAUUCCAUUGGAGGAUUGUUGUUGGCGUGAUCAGAAUAUAUUAACAGUCUCAGAUGAUGGGCAAUUCCAUAUAUAUGAUAUACGUAGUAAAAAUGCAGUACAUUCAAUAAAAAUCACAAAUAAUACAUUAAAUGCAAUUGAUGUUAAUCCACAUAAUAAGAAUAUAUUUGCAACAGGGGGAACAAAUAAAGAAAUUGAUUUAUGGGAUAUGCGUUAUACUACUAAAUCAUUACAUCGAAUUAUUUCUCAGAAGGAAAAUAUAAUAAAAUUACAAUGGGAUAAAUAUCAGCCAGGAAUUUUAUCAUCAUCUAGCGAUAAAUAUAUUUAUUUUUUUGAUACAAAUAAAAUAGGAAUAGAACAAACUUAUGAGGAUUCUCAAGAUGGCCCACCCGAACUUAUAUUUAUUCAUGGCGGUCAUUCCUCAAAUGUAUUAGAUUUUUCUCUUAAUUCAUCUUACUCAAUGAUGAUUUCUUCUAUUAGUGAGGACAACUCCCUUCAAAUUUGGCAGCCAUCACGACAAGCCUAUGAAGACGAAUCAGAUAGUCAUGAUGAUACAGAAGUUGAAUAA